AUGGAUCCAGUUUUCUUCUUAGCCAUCAUAUAUGUCAACCGCCUCCUACCUCUCCCACCCUCAUCUUCCGCCGUCGCCGCCACACGACUCCAACCACCCCCACUUCACAACUCUAGGGUUUGGCUACACCAUAGCCAUAGCUCUCGGUUUCCUCAUCCUCAUUUCCAUCGCCCUUCUAUACUCGUAUCUGUUGCCGCGACUCUCGCCGCCGCACAACCGCCGUUGAAUCCACCGAAGAACCUGGAAGAAGCAACAUCCUCCGCGUCUUCCGAUGGUUUAGGCGGCGGAGGAGAUACGUCGUGUUCGAUAUGUCUAUGUGAGUAUAGAGAAGCAGAGAUGUUGACGAUGAUGCCAGAGGGUAACCACUACUUCCAUUUAUGUUGUCUUGACGCGUGGCUUAGACUCAACGGUUCUUGUCCUAUUUGUCGGAACUCUCCGCUUCCGACGCCUAUGUCUACACCACUUUCAACACCUUUGUCGGAAGUUGUGCCGCUCUCCCAGUAUGCCGCUGAUCGGAGGAGAGCAAGAAGAUGA